AUGCCGCCCCAGAUCAAGCAAGAUCUCAACCGCUCAGGAUGGGAAACCACCGAUUUUCCUUCCGUUUGCGAGACAUGUUUGCCUGAAAACCCUUACGUCAAAAUGCUUAAAGAGGACUAUGGCGCUGAAUGCAAAUUGUGCACCAGGCCUUUCACUAUUUUUUCUUGGAGUGGUACCCGCGCCAACGGCCGUAAGAAGCGAACGAACAUCUGCCUGACCUGCGCGCGACUCAAGAACUGCUGCCAAUGCUGCAUGCUCGAUCUUUCCUUCGGUCUUCCCAUCGUAGUACGCGAUGCCGCACUCAAGAUGGUUGCGCCUGGCCCACAAUCCGACAUCAACCGAGAAUACUUUGCUCAAAACAACGAGCAGCUUAUCGAAGAGGGAAAGGUUGGACAAGAGGAAUACGAAAAGACGGACGAGAAGGCGCGCGAGCUACUACGAAGACUCGCAAACAGUAAACCCUAUUUCCGUAAGGGCAAGGCAAUUGAUGAGGGUGAGAGUUCUAAGGGAGGAAAUGUGGCUGUCGGCGCUGGUCUCGGUGGACCUGGCCCGAUUCGAACCAGAGAUUCAAAGGCAGCUGCGGCUGUUGGAGCAAAGACUGGUGGUAAGGGCCGACAGGUUUUUCCCAGUGCUGCUCAGUUGCCCCCAAGCCCACGCGACUGGCUUCCUCCCGCCGACAAGAACAUCAUGUCGCUGUUCGUGACUGGAAUCGAGGACGACCUACCCGAGUACAAGCUUCGCGACUUCUUCAAGGUUUACGGCAAGAUCAAGAGCUUGGUCUGCUCGCACAUGUCACAUUGCGCCUUUGUCAACUACGAAACCCGAGAGGCGGCCGAGAAGGCGUCGGAGACAUGCCAGGGCCGCGCUGUGAUUGCUGGAUGCCCUCUCCGAGUUCGAUGGGGACAGCCCAAGGCAAUUGGCACCAUGGACAAGGAGCAAAGAACUCAGAUGCUACGCGAUGCUAGGCAGCGCCAAGGAGGGUCUCAGGGCCAUGGUUCGCAAGCGACCGAGGGUGGUAGUGGCUCCUCGAACCGGCCUGCAGCUCUGCCCGCGCCAGUGGCAGCACCUCCAGGAGCCUCUGACACUCCCGCAUAUGCCGCCCUCUCUGGAGAUUAG